CAAGUUCUUCAUUGGAACUCCUGUAUUGGAACCUGCUUUCAUCAUUCAACACUUUGCUGGCAAAGUGAAAUAUCAGAUAAAGGAUUUCCGUGAAAAGAACAUGGAUUAUAUGCGGCCAGAUAUUGUUGCCUUGCUGCGGAGCAGUGACAGCACUUAUGUUCGGGAGCUGAUUGGAAUGGAUCCAGUGGCUGUUUUCCGGUGGGCUAUCCUCCGUGCAGCAAUCCACGCCAUGGCUGUUUUUGCAGAAGGGGGUCGCCAAAGAGCUGAGAAAACAGCAGGGGUAAUACGCCAUGGACCCAGGAUCCCACUUGGGGAAUUGCAACACAGCAACACCCCAAUUGAGAGAGUUUAUCGCUGUUCAGUACUUGAUUUCUCAUUUGAUUGCUCUGAGGAUUUUGAUAUAAACGCUUUCGAAGACAUCAUUGCUUCCUAUGAAAGCAAGAAGGACUUGCAUGAGCAAAUAGUUAGGAGUAUAAAGGGCCUGCCGUGGCAGGGUGAAGAUCCCCGCAGGCUCCUGCAGUCACUCAGCCGGUACCAGCAACCCCGUUGCCAUUUCCUGAAGAGCAGAGGUAUGAAACAAAAGCAGAUCAUCCCAAAGAAUUUACUGGACUCAAAGUCUUUGAAACUCAUCGUGAGCAUGACGUUGCAUGACCGAACCACAAAAUCCCUCCUGCAUUUGCAUAAGAAGAAGAAGCCACCUAGCAUCAGCGCUCAAUUCCAGAGGGAGUUGUUGUUUGAUGAACGGCUGGUACUUCAGCAAUUGAGAUACACAGGAAUGCUGGAAACAGUGAGAAUCCGACAAUCAGGCUACAGUGCUAAAUUUAACUUCCAGGAUUUUAUUGAUCAAUUUCAAGUGUUGCUGCCCAAAAAUGCCCAAGCCUCCAAGGAAGAAAUUAAUGCUCUGUUAAACAAGCUGAAUCUGGACACUAACAGCUAUCAAAUAGGAAAGACCAAGGUAUUCAUGAAGGAAGCCACCCGACAGGUGAUCCAGGACACCCUACACAAAGAAGUUAUCCGGAAGAUCAUUGUCCUCCAGAGCUGGCUGCGAAUGGUGCUGGAGAGGAGGCGCUUCCUCCGGACUCGGCAAGCAGCAAUUACCUUGCAGGCAUGCUGGCGUUCUUACUGUGUCGUCCGGAGGGCCCUGGAAAAAGAAAAUGCUGCUAUUUAUAUCCAAUCGGUAUGGCGUGGAUACCGGGAAAGGAAAUCAUACCAGCAGCAGAAGAAAAGGGUGUGUCUCCUUCAGGCUUUGGCACGGGGGUAUCUGCAGCGCAAGAGGUUUCAGCAAAUGGUCGCAGAGAAAAAGCAAGAGGAAAUAAAACAGGAACUUUUAAAGCAAGUUAAUGAGUUGCUCCAGCCAAAGGAACCCAUCUCAGACCAGACGGCUGUGGAACUCGAGGUGCAGCUGGAUAAAACAUCUGGGCUAACAGCAGAGGAUGAUGAUGGAGCUAAAAAUGCCCAUGCCGAAAGCCAGUCUCCUCCUCUGUCUCAAAAGAUCAACCGGAAAAAACGGGAGAACCGCCGACAAAGAGGAUUGGAGCACAACAAGCUGCAAAAUCAGCAAGUUGUUUUAGCAUUUGAGGGGGGGGCUGAAGUCCCUCCCAGGGAAGAUAGCCCCCCUCGCAACACAGCAGAGGAAGAAGAGACUCAAAAGCUUGAGCAACCCAUAGGAGAUGCCGCCGUUUCCUCUUCAGAAAUGCUCCCCAAAUGUGUCGAGGAAGAAGGAGCACCAGGGACUGACAAUCACCACUUUCCUUUGGAGGGUGGCACACUGGCUCCCAGUCCAAGCCCGGGACUGAAACUGGAAAGUAGGGUGCUAAAAGAGGAUACAAAUGUACAGGAAAGACUGGAGAAUCCCAAGAUCCGGACCAGCCAAAGCUUCACAUACCCUGAGAGGCCCACAGAGCUGGAUCUAGCUUGGCCAAACAAUCGGCAGAUUCACCGGAGCUUCCGGAGCCACGCUGACAAAAGGAAGCAGCAGGCUGUGAAGGACUUAGGCAGCCCCACCUCCUUCCAAAUUCAACGGUACCAGGAUGACCCAGGCAAGCUGCGAGAUAAGAGGGAGCGCUGGCAAGGAAAGAGGCAGCAGGUCAGCGGACAGAACAACCUGGUCAGCCAAUCUUUGGAAGAGAAGAGCAUCCCGGCCAAGCCUUCUUCUUCUGCACACUUAAAGAAGAAAAAAACGGCUUCUUCCUUGGACGACAUCCCCAAGAUCACUCUUUCCACUUCACCAAGCCAGCCAUCUUUAGACACAGUAGAAGGUGAAGGAAACACCCAGAAGAAGAUCUCUCCGAAGAAAUCCGAGGAGCUACCAACUACCUUAAGUGCAGUGGGUCUCCCUUCAGGACCCAGCCAACAGAUGGAUGCCAAAUCUACUUUCAAGAGUCCAUUGCGGAGACUCUUGGCAAAAAGAACAGACAAGAAGAAUGUCAAAGAGUAUUCUGAAGUAUAUGAGGAUACUAGUGAGACUAUUCCACUCUUCUCCUGCAUGUUGCCAAUGGAGCCGACAGUGACGCAGAAGGCAACGGAAGCUCCCUCUGGGCCUCCUAAUCACCCACCUUUGGAGGAACGCCAGACAAAAGAAUUCGGCAAAGCUAAGAGGAACCGUACCAUUAAGAUCAGCAAAGCCAAAAGGGCGCCAGAGAAAUGGAAGGCACCAUUUUUAAGGGAGAUUGCAAAUGCUAGUGAGCUGAAAUAUUUGGAUGAAUUCCUUCUGAACAAGAUCAAUGAUCUUCACUCUCAGAAGUCAGCCAUUGAAUGCUUGUUUUUUGAAGCCACUGAAAAGUUCCGUGGGAAUAUCAAAACCAUGUAUUCUGCUCCUAAUGAACAGAUCCAUGUUGGCUACAGAGACCUGAUGGAAAACUACCAACUCCUCGUGGUCAACAUGGCAAAACAGAAAGAAGAGAAGGAUGUGAAACUGGUCUUGAAUCUUUUCCAGUCUCUUCUGGACGAGUUUGCCCGCAGCUAUGCAAAAAAAGAAGAACCAGAACAACACAAGAGCAAGGCUCAAAAAAAAAAGCGGAAACAGGAACAUGUGAUUGUGGAACUCAAUGGCCAUGUAUUUGUGAAUUACCAAGUGAACAUCUUACAGUCUUGCGAGCAGUGCUGUUCCUACAUCUGGCCUAUGGAGAAGGCUUGUCUUUGUAGCAUCUGUAAGCUGACCUGCCAUAAGAAGUGCCUGUCCAAAAUCCAAAGUGGAUGCACAUCCUCACAAGGAAAAAAAGGUGACCAAGACCCAGAGCCCCGUCACUUUGGGGUCAGUGUUAGUGUUCUGACUAGUGAGAAGAACUCUGUCCCGAUUGUCAUGGAGAAGCUGUUGGAAUAUGUCGAGAUGCAUGGACUCUACACUGAAGGCAUCUACCGGAAGUCAGGAUCAGCAAACCGCAUGAGGGAGUUGAAACAGUCCCUGCAAACAGACCCAAACUCAGUGCUGCUAGAGAACUACCCCAUCCACACCAUCACGGGGAUCUUCAAACAAUGGCUGAGAGAGUUACCAGAUCCUCUCAUGACUUUUGCUCAGUACAAUGACUUCCUUCGGGCGGUGGAGCUCCCAGAGAAGCAAGAGCAGCUCUAUGCCAUUUACAGUGUCCUCGAGCAGCUCCCACAGGCCAAUCACGACACCUUGGAACGGCUAAUUUUCCACCUUGUCAAGGUGGCCGUAGUAGAAGAAGUCAAUCGGAUGUCACCCAAUGCCCUCGCCAUUGUCUUUGCCCCCUGCCUCUUGCGCUGUCCUGACAAUUUGGAUCCUCUCACUAGCAUGAAGGAUGUCUCCAAAACAACCACGUGUGUGGAGAUGAUCAUCAAGGAGCAGCUGAGAAAGUACAAGAUGAAGAUGGAUGAAAUUUGCCAACUAGAAGCGGCGGAAAGCAUUGCUCUUCGGCGGCUUUCACUGCUUCAACAGAACAAAUUGUGGCCAGUAAAACUUGCCUUUUCCUCUCCCUGUGAGGGAGCCCCGAGCCCCCAGACUCUAGGAGCAAGCGGUACCGUACCUAAACUUGGACUUUUGCCCGAAGAGGAAGAAACAGACAACAGGGAGAAGGAGCUGUUGAUAGAACGGAUACAAUCAAUAAAGGAAGAGAAGGAAGACAUAACAUACCGGCUCCCCGAAUUGGACCAGCGUUGUUCGGAUGAGGAGAAUGUUGAUUCCGAGACGUCGAUUAGCACAGAGAGCUUGUUGGAGGAGCGUGUGGGGUGCCGUGACCCUGAAGGAAGCAAAGAGCCUGCUGCUCAGUGCAUCAGCCUCUCCGCCAAAGAAGAGAAUGGAUCCCCAAAGACCCUGCCGUUUUCAGCCAAGGUAGAUCCGACUCCCCCUCGCCUGUCCACCACAUGUGGGCCAUCCUCUCUGCUUCUGCUCAAGGGAAGCCCUCUUCAUCAAACUCCAGGGGAUGCACACAGCCAAGCCCAAGCUGUCUUCCAGGACUGAGAAGCUAACAGACCCGCUCCCUCCAUGCUCCAAGAACUGCCUCUUUCAAGGAUGAACUGCCCAGGGGAACGUACCAAGAACAGUCGUCUCAAAAGGAAACAGGAGAGGCAGGUUCAGUGAAGGUCAAAAAAGGGUAACUAAGCAGCCCUGUUUCAGGAGCUGUUAGGUAACACUGCCCUAUUCUGAACCCAGUCAAGUCCAGUAUUUAAAACAUUCUGCUGCUCAUCCAAACAGAAUGGUCAUGAUUGGCAUCAGGGCUUUUGGUCGGCAUCGAAUCUUGGAAACAAUUGGUGCUUCUCUGAUCUGAUCAAAUGUGGAUCAAUAGUUACAGCUCUGAACCAGUCUCCACUUUCCGAGGUGAGGCUUGAAGUUCCCUUCUCCGCCCAGCAGUCCACUCAAGCCUGCCUUGCUUUCCUGUCUGCUUGCAACAGGCUCUUAAUAGGACCAAACGGAGAGUCAAAGCACUCGAUAACUCUUGUUUCUGCUUUAAGUCUCUCCCUGUCUCGCUCUCUCGGAUGAUGACAACUUCCAAUUGGUUUACAAGAACUUUUAAAUUUGUGUAGUAAGCGUUUAAUGGAGACCAAAAAAUGUAUCAAUGUUUAUAUUAAAACUGCACUUUUUUUGGGAAAAGAAGGCAUUGGGAGUUAUUCUUGACAGCACACCACCAAGGGCCUUCCUCCUAUUAUGGUAUACUAUAGUAGGCAGGAUGGGAGCAGAUCUGUCACUGUAACUGCGGAGAUUAGUUUGAUCUGUUGGAGUUUAAGUUAGACUGUAAAAUCAAACGUGCUCUUCUGAUAGACUCUUUGGGGAAGCUCAGGUGGAACAGCAUGGAAAAUCUCACUUUUUCUGUACAACGACCCAUAAAAGAAGAGUCAGUUAGUAUGACCUGUUGCUGUUCUUGGAACUUCAUAAUAAAUAAGUAGGAGCAGAAGGAGAAAGAAACAGGCAUUUUCCUGCCUGCCUUCUGAAGAUGAGACAUAAACGCUACAGACUUGCCAUUCUGUACAAUUACAAUUUAUUUUUUUUCAAAAGCAGCAGUAGCCCACUUAACAAACCUGAGCAUAACUAGUUAUGACUGUACAGAGUAAAGAUUAUUUUAACCUUAAAAGCAGGAGAAAGGUAAGAUUUUAAAUAGAAAAAAAGAAGGAAAUGCAAAGAAAGUUGAUUAAAUUAAUCGAAUCCCUUUCAAAUGGUAAUCCAUUUCUACUCCCUUUUCUUUUAAUUGGUACUCGGUUGUCAACACAUUUUUUUUUAAUUGAAAGGAGGCACCGGAAUGAAGUAGGUGGGAGGGGAACCGAGCACAUAUAAGACAAAGUCUUUCAAACCUGGUUUAUAAAGAAUGGAAAAGUGAAUGAGUGUAGUCAGAAUUCCUGACAUUCUUCACCUGACAGAUCUGAUUUAAGCCAGGAAUGGGACAGUGACUUAUAUCAGAAGCUCGUUAUUUUGAGAAAUAAGCCAAGGACUAGAUUCAGAUGCAAUGCUCAACAAAACAUAGACUGGAGGCUAAAGACGUUUGGCUUUUUCUGCCAAAGGGAGUAACCAGAAACAAACAGGAGUAUGUCAAAUGCAUCCAUGCUCUUGCUCAUUCUGGACAA